GACUCGCUCAGGGCGAUGUCCGGGAAAAUGACUCGCUGUGCAGACGUUCUGAAUUCUGCUUCUGUAACCGCUGGGAAACCCCUAUCAUCUGCUUUAUACUGCUGGUUCUUGCUGCGGCUCACUUGCAGUCCGUUAUUCGAGAAGGAUCUAAGCUUGAUGUGCUUUGCUCAACCUGUGUUUUGGGAUCAAACCGCUUUUCCCGGAAUAUGCGAAUGCUGAGCACUGGGGUGUUCUGAUGCCCGAAGUUGGGAGCCGACUAUUCUAUGACAAGACGCGUAACCCAUUGGACACUAACCCCUGUUGUGUGGGGUAUAAAGUUGGGUGGCAAUUCAUAUAGCAAUACGAUCCAUCAACAACGUCCGAUCAGUUCAGCGUCACGAUGCUCAACAUACUCGUCAUCCAUGGAUAUCUUCAAACCGCAGCCACAUUGAGGUACAACAUUCUCCCACUUGAACGAGAGCUUUCCCGCAUCGCCAACCUGCACUACGUCGACGGUCCUCCGAUGCAAGAUCUCAGCUGGCGCGACUCACGCCCGUGGUGGGUCAUCAAAAGCGGCGAAAGCUGGCUUGACCCUGAUAAUACCACGAAUCGGUGGGACGAGACCGUACGGUGGUGGUCGGAACACCUCUCAGAGAACGAGUAUGAUGGCAUCAUUGGGUUAAGCCAGGGAUCGGCAAUGACGGCAUUGCUACUGUCCAUGUUGAACAACGCGGACAACGUGCCUGAAUUCGAACCGAAGAAGUCACAGCCGAUCAAGUUCGCCAUCCUCUGUUCCGGUUUCGUCUCCCAACAUCAUCCCCACCGGAACAUCUAUGACAUCCCUCUACACAUUCCCACGUUGCACACAUUCGACAACCGGGACAUGAGAGUCUCCGCUCAUCGCACAAUCGAGUUAUCAAGUCUAUUCGGAUCUAAGGCGGUCAGAAAGUCGCACAACGAAGGACACGCUGUUCCUGUCCGGGAUGCCUGGCCCAAAGUGUUCUCGGAGUUUAUUGCGGGCGCUGUUGAGGAGAGUAGGAUGCGGCAGACUGAUUCUGCGUGA